AUGACUGUAUCUACAAUUAAAGAAGCUACUGAGUUAUUGAGAGAAACAACAUUUACGUUAAAUAGAGAUACUAAAACAGCAGCACCUAGCUCAAUAAGAAAAAUAAAAGAAUCUUUAGAAUCAUUACACGAUACAUUUGAUCAAAAUAUACAGCUUAAAACUGGACAACUAGUAAAUUUAAAUGAAAAGUAUAAUGAUCUAUCUGACAAUAUCAAAGUUUUAAAUGACAAACACAUAACAAAUGAAAAAAAAUGUCUAGAUAUUGAUAGAGAAAUAGACCAAGUAACUAAAAAUAUUAAUAUUUUGCAAAAUGAUAUUAUGAUUUUACGGAAUAAAUUGGAUGCUGAUCUAAAAGAAUAUGUAGAAAAUACUGAUAAUACAAAUGGAUCUGAUAUUCAUAAUCUGGAUAAAGACACGACUAACUUCCUAAAACUUCAGUUAUUUAAGAGUUUGGGAUUGUUAAUUGAUUUGGAGAAGCACCAAUUAUUUAUCAAAGAAAAUGAAGUGUACAACUAUGAAGAUGAAGAUACUUCCAAUAAAAGCAAUUUCAUGAAAGCCAAAUAUAUAUGGGAUAAAUUAUGA